AUGGCCUUCGGCUUUUACCGUCGUCCCUGUCCCACCACCGCCCCCCACGGCCUUCACCAUCGUCCCCGUGCCACCACUGCGCCCCCUCUCGGCCUUUGCCGUCGUCUGCCUCCCACCACUGCGCCCCCUCUCGGCCUUUGCCGUCGUCUGCCUCCCACCGCUGCGCCCCCUCUCGGCCUUUGCCGUCGUCUGCCUCCCACCGCUGCGCCCCCUCUCGGCCUUCGCCGUCGUCCCGUGCCACCACUGCGCCCCCUCUCGGCCUUCGCCGACGUCCGCAUCCCACCGCGGCCCCCCUCACGGCCUUCGGCUUUUGCCGUCGUCCGCGGCCCACCGCGGCCCCCCUCACGGCCUUCGCUGUCAACCGCGGCCCACCGCGGCCCCCCCUCACAGCCUUCGCCGUCAACCGCGGCCCACCGCGGCCCCCCUCACGGUCUUCGCCGUCAACCGCGGCCCACCGCAGCCCCCCUCACGGCCUUAGGCUUUUGCCGUCGUCUGCGUCCCACCGCGGCCCCCCUCACGGCCUUCGCCGUCAACCGCGGCCCACCGCGGCCCCCCCUCACGGCCUUCGGCUUUUGCCGUCGUCCGCGGCCCACCGCCGGCCCCCUCACGGCCUUCGCCGUCAACCGCGGCCCACCGCGGCCCCCCCUCACGGCCUUCGCCGUCAACCGCGGCCCACCGCGGCUUCCCUCACGGCCUUCGCCGUCGUCCCCGUGCCACCACUGCGCCCCCUUUCGGCCUUCACCAUCGUCUGCAUCCCACCGCUGCGCCCCUUCACAGCCUUCGGCCUUCGCCGACGUCCGCAUCCCACCGCGGCCCCCUCACGGCCUUCGGCUUUUGCUGUCGUCCGCGGCCCACCGCCGCUCCUCUCACGGCCUUCGCCGUCGUCCCCGUGCCACCACUGCGCCCCCUUUCGGCCUUCACCAUCGUCUGCAUCCCACCGCUGCGCCCCUUCACAGCCUUCGGCCUUCGCCGUCGACUGCGUCCCACCGCGGCCCCCCUCACGGCCUUCGGCUUUUGCCGUCGUCCGCGGCCCGGCCCACCGCUGCUCCCCUCACGGCCUUCGCCGUCAACCACAGCCCACCGCGGCCCCCCUCACGGCCUUCGCCGUCGACUGCGUCCCACCGCGGCCCCCCUCACGGCCUUCGGCUUUUGCCGUCGUCCGCGGCCCGGCCCACCGCCGCUCCCCUCACGGCCUUCGCCGUCAACCACAGCCCACCGCGGCCCCCCUCACGGCCUUCGCCGUCGACUGCGUCCCACCGCGGCCCCCCUCACGGCCUUCGGCUUUUGCCGUCGUCCGCGGCCCACCGCCGCUCCCCUCACAGCCUUCGCCGUCAACCACAGCCCACCGCGGCCCCCCUCACGGCCUUCGCCGUCGACUGCGUCCCACCACGGCCCUCCUCACGGCCUUCGGCUUUUGCCGUCGUCCGCGUCCCACCGCCGUCGCCCCUCACGGCCUUCGCCGUCGUCCCUGUGCCGCCGCGGCCCCCCCUCACCGCCUUCGGCUUUCGCCGUCAUCUGCGUGCCACCGCUGCGCCCCCUCACGGCCUUCGCCAUCAUCCCGUGCCGCUGCUGCCUCCCCCCCCCACCCCCACCCCCCUCCACGGCCUUCGCAGUCGUCCCCGUGCCGCCACUGCUCCACCUUACGUCAUCCCGUGCUGCCGCUGCGCCCCCUCACGGCCUUUGGCAUUCGCACGUGCCACCUCCCCCCUGCCCCGCCCACGGCCUUCGCCGUCGUCCGUGUCCCACCGCCACGCCCCUUCACGGCCUUCGGCCUUCGCCGUCGUCCGCGUCCCACCGCCGCCCCCCUUCACGGCCUUCGGCCUUCGCCGUCGUCCGCGUCCCACCGCCGCCCCCCUUCACGGCCUUCGGCCUUCGCCGUCGUCCGCGUCCCACCGCCGCCCCCCUUCACGGCCUUCGGCCUUCGCCGUCGUCCGCGUCCCACCGCCGCCGCCCCCCCAAGGCCUUCUCAAGGCCGGCUAA